AUGUGGCCAGGCGUGCUCGGGCCCGGGCUCAGUCUCCAGGCGCUGCUGCUAUCCCUGCUACCGCGGUUCGCGCGCGCUCCGGAGCCCGCGGCGCAGGACGUGAGCCUAGGUGUGGACUGGCUGACCCGCUAUGGCUACCUGCCGCCGCCCCACCCCGCCCAGGCCCAACUUCAGAGCCCCACGCAGUUACGGGAUGCGAUCAAGGUCAUGCAGCGCUUUGCUGGGCUGCCUGAGACGGGCCUCCUGGAUGCAAAGACAAUGGCCACCAUGCGCAAGCCCCGCUGCUCCUUGCCUGACUUGCUGGGAGUGGCAGGGCUGGUCAGGCGACGCCGGAGACGCCGGCGCUAUGCUCUGAGUGGCAGCAUGUGGAAGAAGCGGACUCUGACGUGGAGAGUUCGUUCCUUCCCCCAGAGGGCCCAGCUGAGCCAGGACACUGUUCGAGUCCUCAUGCAGUAUGCCCUGGACGCCUGGGGCAUCGAGUCCGGCCUCAGUUUCCAGGAGCUGGGGUCUCAGGACGCUGACCCAGACAUUCUCAUCGACUUUGCCCGAGCCUACCACCAGGAUAGUUACCCCUUUGAUGGACUGGGAGGCACCCUGGCCCAUGCUUUCUUCCCUGGGGAGCAUCCUAUCUCCGGGGACACCCACUUUGAUGACGAGGAGGCCUGGACUUUUGACUCAAAAGAUGGUGAGGGGACGGACCUGUUUGCAGUGGCUGUUCAUGAGUUCGGCCACGCCCUGGGCCUGGGCCACUCCUCAGCUCGGGAUUCCAUCAUGAGGCCUUUCUAUCAGGGUCCAGUGGGUCACCCCAGCAAGUACCGCCUGCCUCAGGAUGACCGCGAUGGUUUGCAGCAGCUCUACGGGAAAGGGCCCCCAAAUCCACGGGAUGAGCCCACAAGGAAACCUUUGGCACCUCCUCCCCCACCCCCAGCGCUGCCCCCUGACAGCCCGUCGGCCCCCAUCCCUGAUCGAUGUGAGAGCAAUUUUGAUGCCAUCGCCAACAUCAGAGGUGAAACUUUCUUUUUUAAGGGCUCCUGGUUUUGGCGACUCCAGCCCUCAGGCCAGCUGGUAUCUCCCCGGCCCGCCCGGUUGCAUCGUUUUUGGGAGGGGCUGCCCACCCAGGUGAAGGUCAUCCAGGCCGCCUACGCCCGACACAGAGAUGGCCGCAUCCUCCUUUUCAGCGGCCCCCAGUUCUGGGUGUUCAAGGAUCGGCAGCUAGAGGGCUCAGCCUUGCCGCUGACGGAGCUGGGGCUGCCCCCUGGUGAGCAGGUGGACGCCGUGUUCUCGUGGCCGCUGAACGGGAAGACCUACCUGGUCCGGGGCCAGCAGUACUGGCGGUACGAUGAAGCAGCGGCCAGCCCGGACCCCGGCUACCCGCGCGCCCUAAGUCUCUGGGAAGGGGCGCCUUCUGCCCCCGACGAUGUCACCGUCAGCAACACAGGUGACACCUACUUCUUCAAGGGCGCCUACUACUGGCGUUUUGCCAAGGGGAGCGUCGUGGCCGAUCCAGACUCGCCCCACCCCAUAGGGCCUAAAUGGCUAGACUGCCCCGCCCCCAGCGGUAGCCCCCCAAAAGCGCCAUCUAAGCCUGGAACCUGCGACUGUCAGUGUGAGAUCAAUCAGGCCACUGGACCUCCCCCCCUGCCACUUCUUCUGCUUCUCCUGUCCCUGCUGGACUGCGCGCCCCGCGCUGCACACACAGAUAACCUCCCCAGCGGUCCCUCCCGAGGCUUUCCUGGCUGCAGCCGCUCCUUCUCCGGAGCCCGCUGCCAAGGAGCGACUCCGCUCAGCGAACGCUCCCACAGGUUCAAGGUUGCCUACUACUGGCACUUUGCCAAGGAGAGGGUCGUGGCGGACCCAGACUCUCCCCGCCCCAUGGGGUCCAAAUGGCUGCACUGUAUCGCCUCCAGUGGUAGCCCCCCAAAAGCACCGCAAGUGUCAGCGAUGGGCAGCUGCCAGCAUCCCACCCCCAUGCUGGUGGUGAUGGACCCCUGA